UUAAUAAUCCAGUAACGCCCUUCAAGAUCAUUUGAAGACCAAUACUGAACCAGAAAGAUUCAUACACAAUCUUCAAGCGCAACUCCAGUCUGCUGCCAGUCACUCCACAAUCUUCAAGGGCAGAAUUCUGUCAAGAAAGCUUCAGACUGCCAGUCACUCCAUCAGGCAACUGUUCAAAUCAUAUAUAACCCAAAAAUUGAACAGAUCUUUGAAUUGAUUGGGAUCGCAGAUUGUAUGAACCUUGCUUGGUCGGUUUUUGUCGAGAGUCUGCGAUGGCUCUUGUUUUAGAUAUGUAAUAAUGAAAUGCAACGAGAUACAAAUUAGCCUCCUCUGUGAUUACAGUUUACACUGUCUAAUUUCCUCCUUUAUUGCAAUGCCCCUUAUUCAUAGAUCAAAGAAUGUGAAGAAGCGAUUACAGACAACAUGGUGAAAGUAGCAACUUGAUACUUGCUAAUUACAUAGUUAUAAAUACAGUAUCUGGAAGAUCAAUUAUAAUUCAUCAAGAAUUUGGGAAGUUUCCUCCUCAGUGUUCUAUCUUAGUUCCCAAUGCUAAAAGAAACAACUCAGAUUAGUUUGUCAAGAGUACCACUGUUACUGGUUUUCUUAUGUACUGUUGAUUGGUUAUUAGCAUGCUUCUUUAGUUGUGAUUAUUCUACCUUCCUCGAUCGCCCUUGUGCUCUUCCUUUUUUCCUUGGUGGUUACUUUGCUUGGCUCUGGCUUUCCCUUUGUUGCCUGGCGAGAUACUGUUUCUUCUUUGUUGCUGUUGCUAUUUCUGCUCUCUCAUGUAAGACAUUGAGCAAUUCACUCCAAUGCUUACAGAACGGAUAGAAGCCUUUGAACUUCGGGUUUAGCCGGCUCAAAAUCAAACUAUAUACAACUAACAUGUAUCCUAAUCAAAAUAAUUAUUGAUUGGGUACUGGUAAUUGAAAAUUUAAAUACGAAUGGCUUGGGAUAUAAAGACGGUGUGUAAACAGGGACGAAUCAAAGAAGCUCUCCGCAUCAUGCAGCGUAACAGUCCACCGAUAGAAACUGCCACAUAUUCAUGUAUUUUUCAGUCCUGUGCUGAUAAAAAAUUCCUAACAGAGGCUAAAUUAUUACAUGGCCAUAUGAUUCAGAGGGGAUAUAAGGCAGGCUUUAUUUUGAACAACAAAAUCAUUACCAUGUAUGUAAAGUGCGGAAGCCUGGCAGAUGCACGCAAAGUUUUUGAUGAUAUGCCUGAGCGAGAUGUGAUCACGUGGACUUGUAUGAUAUCAGGCUAUGGCAAACAAGGUUGCGCUAGCGAGGCUUUGGAACUGUUUCAUCGAAUGCAGGAAGCAGGCAAUAAAGCAGAUGCAUUCACCUUCUCUACUGUUCUUCGUUUAUGCGCUAAACUGGGGAAUUUAGAAGAGGGCAAGGAUGUUCAUGAAAAGAUAAUAAGAAAUGGGUUAGAGUCUGAUGUGUUUGUGAGUACUGCCCUUGUAGAUAUGUAUGCUAAGUGCGGUAGUUUAGAGAAUGCACGGCAAGUGUUCUGUAAAAUGCCACACCGAGAUUUAGUCUCAUGGAAUGCAAUGCUGACAGGAUGUGUGCAGAAUGGCGAGGUUGGAGCGGCGCGGAAGGUGUUUGAAGAAAUGCCGGAUCGAGACACGGUGUCGUGGAACACCAUGAUUAUGGGAUAUGCACAGAAUGGAUACGGUGAUGAGGCUUUAAAGGUCUUUCAACAAAUGCAAGUGUUUGUGAAACCGAAUGCAGCAACGGUCACGGUUGUUCUGUUAGCUUGUGGCGGACUAGCAGCUCUGGAACAGGGCAAAGAAGUCCAUGCCGUGAUCAGUCGAAGUGGGUUUGAAUAUGAUUUUUUUGUGGGAAAUGCUCUUAUUGGAAUGUAUUCUAAAUGUGGAAGUGUAGAGGAGGCCUAUCGCGUGUUUAAUGAAAUGCCGAAGCAAGAUUUGGUUUCAUGGACUACAAUGAUUUUGGGGUAUGCUACGAAUGGAUAUGGCAGAGAGGCUCUCAGGCUCUUUGCACGAAUGGAACAGUCAGGAAUGAGUCCAGAUCAUGUCACCUUUGUGGGUGUUCUGUCUGCUUGUUGCCAUGCAGGUCUAGUAGAUGAAGGUUUCAAGUAUUUUGAGAACAUGAGCCAAUUUUAUAACAUCAAGCCUGGAUUGGCGCAUUAUGGUUGCAUGGUUGACCUUCUGGGCCGUGCUGGACGCCUGGGUGAGGCGCGUGAUUUUAUCAGUAAGAUGCCUAUGGAACCUGACGCUGCUGUCUGGAGUUCAUUGCUCAGUGCCUGUAGAGUUCAUAACGAUAUAGAACUUGCAGAAUCUACAUCAGAACAUCUUCUUAAGUUAGAGCCCAAAAAUGCCUCAGUUUAUGUGCUCCUAUCAAACCUCUAUGCUUCAGCUCGUAGGUGGGAUGGAAUUGAAAAGGUGAGAAAGAUAAUGGAAAGCAGGAGUGUUGUAAAGAAGCCUGGAUGUAGUUGGAUUGUUGUAAACAAACAGGUCAAUGCAUUCGUUGGAGGAGACAGAUCACACCCACAAAUGCACGUAAUCUAUGCAGAAUUGGAGAGAUUGUCUGGGGAGAUGAAGGCCAUGGGGUACGUACCUGACACAACAUUUGCACUAAAUGAUGUUGAGAAAGAGCAAAAAGAACAUAUUCUUUGUCUGCACAGUGAGAAAUUAGCAAUUGCAUUUGGGCUUAUCAACACAUGCUCAGCCACACCUAUCAGGGUUAUCAAGAACCUUAGGGUCUGUGGCGAUUGCCACUCUGCCAUCAAAUUCAUCUCCAAGAUUGUUGCAAGGGAGAUUAUCGUCAGGGAUGCCAGUCGAUACCAUCAUUUCAAAGAUGGUUUAUGUUCUUGUGGAGAUUAUUGGUGAUACUAAUUGAAAUAAGGUACCACAUGGGCUUGUAUGAUAACAGCCAUGGAUUAUGUUUUUGUGGAGAUUAUUGGUGAUACUACUUGAAAUAAGAUACCACAUGGACUUGUAUGAUAACAGCCAUGGAUUAUGUUUUUGUGGAGGUUUUGGUGAUGCUAAGUGAAACAAGGUGCACCUGGGGUUAUAUGAUAACAGUCUUACGCAUAUUGGAAUCUUGUUACUAAGCAAGUUAGGUACUUUUUGACUUUUAUGUUAACCAUGACAUAUGAUUUGCUAUUAUAGGAUGCUCUUUAGGCAUAUAUGGGGAAAUAUUUGUGAACAAGUUUCUCAAGUUCUAUACUAGAGCUUGCCUGCCAUAGGUUCUCACAUAUUCAAAGCGUCAAAUUUCAGGGAUCAAGGAAGAUGAACUCAAGCUCUAUUCAAUGCUUCUUAAUGGUAAUGGUGGAGUGAAAACAUAAAGGAAACAACAUCCUCUUGAAAAUCUGAAUGUUUUUAAAGGGUAGAUGAAAAUUGUACCUCAUAAUUGAUCAUGAUUUUGUAGUGGAUGGGUUUCGGAGUGUGAACAAGUUUAGCUCAAUAUGUAAUGUGAUGGUUAGUGGUGCUCUCCAAGUCAUUUGAACCCAUCACUUUGUGCACAAGGAUGAUUGUUUUCUCCAUUUGAUGGGAGGGGGAAGAAAAAAGGGAAGAGUUCAAGUCAACAAGGAUGAUCAUGAAAUGUAGAGGUCCUCCAAAAGUAUUCAAUCAAAAUCAGACCAAGUUUCUAGAAAAAAAAGGAAAGAUGGCCAUCAUGGAUUAUAGAGGUGUUACAGAUUGGAUGUGGAUAAGUGGAAGACAUAUGAUAUCUUUUUAUUUAGCAGCAAGUUAAACUUGCAGGGCCUCCAAAAGUAUUCAAUCAAGAUCAGACCGAUCUUCUAGAAAAAAAAGAAAAGAUGGCAAUAGAGAUUGGAUGUGGAUAAGUGGAAGACAUUUGAUAUCCUUUUAUUUAGCAGAAGUCCAAAAUAAACUUGCAGGUGAGUUAUAAUAUUUGUUAGGGUGAGCUUGUGCUACUGUAGGAGGGAAUUCUUAGUGAGGUCAGCAAAUCAGAACAAGACAAGUUGACCACAGAGAAUGAAAACAAGUGUCUGUGGAAUGUAGAUCUCAAAGAAAUAAAAUGAGAGUUGCAUAACAGGAACACAUUUUUUAAACUUUGUUGGUAUGGAGAUCAAUUAUCUUUAUGGAAGAAUUCAUGUAAGGUGAUGAUGCCUUGAUUUGAAUUUACUACUGGAAGUUCUAGCAUUUCACCCUCUGCA